AUGUCUCUCUCCAGCAAGCUAUCUAUCACCGAUGUCGACUUGAAGGGCAAGCGGGUGCUGAUCCGAGUCGACUUCAAUGUCCCGCUCGACGCCGAUAAGAAGGUCACCAACAACCAGCGUAUCGCUGGUGCCGUGCCUACCAUCAAGUAUGCCAUCGAGAAUGGCGCAAAGGCUGUCGUCCUCAUGUCCCACCUCGGUCGUCCCAAUGGCGCACCCAACGCCAAGUACAGCCUGAAGCCCGUGGUCCCCGAGCUCGAGAAGCUGCUGGGCAAGAGUGUCGAGUUCGCACCCGACUGUGUGGGCUCCGAGGUCGAGUCCAUCGUCAACAAGGCAGACAACGGUCAGGUUGUGCUGCUGGAGAACCUGCGCUUCCACCUUGAGGAGGAGGGCAGUGCCAAGGACAAGGAUGGCAACAAGACCAAGGCGGACAAGGCCAAGGUUGACGAGUUCCGAAAGGGAUUGACUGCGUUGGGAGAUGUUUACGUCAACGAUGCUUUCGGCACAGCUCACCGCGCACAUUCCUCCAUGGUCGGUGUUGACCUGCCGCAAAAAGCCGCUGGUUUCCUCAUGAAGAAGGAGUUAGACUACUUCGCCAAGGCACUCGAGUCGCCCAAGCGGCCGUUCCUGGCUAUCCUGGGCGGCGCCAAGGUAUCCGACAAGAUCCAGCUGAUCGACAACUUGCUCGACAAGGUCAACUCGCUCAUCAUCUGCGGCGGCAUGGCCUUCACGUUCAAGAAGACGCUCGAGGGCGUGAACAUCGGCAACUCGCUGUUCGAUGAGGCCGGUUCCAAGACGGUCGGCGACCUGAUGAAGAAGGCCGAGAAGAACGGCGUCAAGGUGGUGCUCCCCGUCGACUAUGUGACCGCAGACAAGUUCGACAAGGAUGCCAACACGGGCGCCGCCACGGACAAGGAUGGCAUCCCCGACGGCUGGAUGGGUCUCGACUGCGGCCCCGAGUCCAUUAAGCUCUACCAGGACGCUAUCAGCUCGGCCCAGACCAUCCUGUGGAACGGCCCGGCAGGUGUCUUCGAGUUUGAGAAGUUCGCCGGCGGCACCAAGGCCACCCUCGAUGCCUUCACGGAUGCCGUCGCCAAGGGCGCCAUCGGCAUCAUUGGCGGUGGCGAUACCGCGACAGUCGCCGCCAAGUAUGGUGCUGAGGACAAGUGCUCGCACGUCAGCACGGGCGGAGGUGCCAGCUUGGAGCUGCUGGAAGGCAAGGCUCUACCCGGUGUUGUCGCCCUGAGCAGCAAAUAA